CUGAGAAAGCGAUCACCAAUUCUAAAAUGGAUGUUUCCUAAGAUGGAUGUUCGAGCAACAUGAGUCGCCGGCGUACAAUGUACACAGUGUAUUGCAAGCACGAAUCCUACAUAUGGAUAAAAGCCCCUCAUCGUAAUCACUCCACUAGUGCGGGGUUCAAUUACGCCAGUCGAAAACUGCGCUCACAAGGUACAUCGCCAAAGGUACAUCGCCAAAUUCUAGAUUCAUUUUACUUUCUAACAAUUCAGUUACUUUGUAUAACUCCUGUUUUACUAUCGCUGGCCUUAGUUCAUCACUAGCAAGCUAUCAUGUCCGGAUUUCCCACUCUUAAGCCUGCCUUCACCGUUCGGGUGAACAUAGAUGCUCCUCUAGCGGUUGGCAGCGCCUCUCGAUCCAACCCUCUGCAGGUUGUGCCUAUGAUCGGAGGUACCGUCAAGGGUGACUCUGGUUUCUCCCCCGCGCUCGACGCCGAAUUCGUCGGAGUGGGCAAUGACUACAUCCACGCUGAUGCCGAUGGCAAGCACCUGCGAUUGAACGCGCAUGGAGUUCUUAAGACCAAGGAUGAUGCUCUCCUUUACUUGAACUACACCGGUGUCGUCACCCUCACCCCCACAGAGCAGGCGGUCUUCGCCGGUACCGCCCCAGAGGGCUCAACGCCUUUCGGCAAUCUCUUCACCCAUUUUACCUUCGAGACCGGCGACGAGCGCUACAAGGACCUCGAGAAUCGUGUUUUCGUCGGCCAGGGACGCUUCAACAUCGAGAGCGGCAAGCCGGUCGUCGAGUACAGAGUCAGCCAGGUUCUCCAUGGCUAAGUCAGUUUCUUUCGCAUUAUUUUAUACAAUUGUCCCGGUAUAACGAACGUCAAUCGAUGUACCCACUCCAAGCGAAAUGUUAAAC